UCCCCUGGUUCCUCCUAGAAUGUCUGGAAAAUUCUCUGCUCUUUUUUAAGCGCUUGUCAGAUGCCAGACUGCAAGACAACGUGGACCUCAAGUAACGUUACCGAAAGCUCGUAUUCUGCUCGGAUACAAGUGUGAUUGGUGCACAACGAUAGCUCGGUGUCAGUGCAGCUAGCUGGAAGCUGUAACGUAUAUUUUAUUUACAGUAGCAUUCGCAAGUAAGUAAGGCUGGUGAAGAGCAUUAACCAACGUUAGUUAGCUAGCUAGCGUUAGUCAGGUUGUUUCUUGCUUCACUUGGCGUGGUGUGAGAAGUAGUUAGCUUUAGCCAUCGCUACUAUUAGCCAGUGUUAGUUUGAAUUGUGGUGCAGAUCAGAAGAGUAGGAGGGGGAAAUCUGCUUCAUGACAAUGACUGCAGAGGAGCAGACAAGUGAAGGACAACACACCAUCCCGAUGGAGGGAGAGGACAUCACACCAAAGAAAGAAGGGGGUGUUUUAAAGCUGGUGAAAAGGGAAGGCACAGGCACAGAGCUGCCUAUGACCGGUGACAAAGUGUUUGUACAUUAUGUGGGCACACUUUUUGAUGGUUCUCAUUUUGACUCCAGCCGAGACAGAGGAGAGAAGUUUUCCUUUGAGUUGGGCAAAGGUCAAGUAAUUAAGGCAUGGGACAUCGGUGUAGCCACAAUGAAAGUGGGUGAGUUGUGCCAGCUCAUCUGUAAGCCAGAAUACGCUUAUGGAUCUGCAGGAAGUCCACCCAAGAUACCACCCAACGCCACUCUGAUUUUUGAGGUGGAACUGUUUGAUUUUCGAGGCGAGGACAUCACUGAGGGAGAGGAUGGAGGAAUCAUCCGCCGUAUUAUUACUAAAGGGCAGGGUUAUUCUAAGCCUAAUGAAGGAGCUUCUAUUGAUGUAACUGUGGAGGGUUCCUGUGAUGGGCGUGUGUUUGACGAGAGAGAGUUGAAGUUUGAGAUUGGAGAUGGAGAGGGUCUUCGCUUUCCAGUUGGAGUGGAGAAAGCUAUAAUGGCGAUGGAGCAGGGAGAGGAGGCACUCUUCCAUAUUAAGCCUAAAUAUGGCUUUGGGAAUGCAGGCAAUGCAAAAUAUAACAUUCCUGGCGGAGCAACACUGCAAUACAAGAUCAAGCUGGCAGCCUUUGAGAAGGCUAAGGAGUCAUGGGAGAUGAACACCGUAGAGAAGCUGGAACAGAGCAGCAUUGUCAAAGAGAAGGGAACACAGUAUUUUAAGGAGGGAAAAUACAAGCAGGCGUCCGUGCAGUACAAAAGGAUUGUAUCAUGGCUGGAAAAUGAAACUGGUUUGUCAGAGGAGGAUGAGAAGAUCGCAAAAGCUUUGCGGCUGGCAGCAAAUCUGAACUUGGCCAUGUGCUACCUUAAACUACUGGAGCCAAGCCAAGCCCUAGAGAACUGUGGCAAGGCUCUGGAGUUGGAUGCAUCUAAUGAGAAGGCUUUGUUCCGAAGGGGAGAGGCACUGUUUGGUAUGAAGGAGUUUGACAAAGCAAGAGAUGAUUUCCAGCAGGUUGUUCAACUGUAUCCGGCCAACAAGGCUGCCAAGAGCCAGGUGGGUCUUUGUCAGAAACAUAUCAAGGCGCAGCAUGAGAAGGACAAACGCAUCUACGCCAACAUGUUCCAGAAAUUUGCAGAGAGAGAUUCAAAGAAAGAACUAGAGAUGGGGAAGAGUGAGAGCAAGGAGAACAUCAACGAUGACAUGGAAGUUGAAAACGGAGAAAAGGAAGUUGCGAGUGACGCAAAGGCGUAGAUGAAGAUGCGACUUGCAGUUCAUAUGUACUUCAGACUUUUGUAACUUCAGCCGUGUGUGUGUGUGUGUGUGUGUGUGUGUGUGUGUGUGUGUGUGUGUGUGUGUGUGUGUGUGUGUGUGUGUGUGUGUGUGUGUGUGUGUGUGUGUGUGUGUGUGUGUGUGUGUGUGUGUGUCAACGAGAGCACUGACUUGUUAGUGUCUCCGCUGGCUUUCUUUGUGUCUGGGCUUUUUGCUGUGGCAGCUGAUGGCACUGUGGGAUGUGGUUUUAAUAAUGAAUUGUGUGCCACAACCCCACCCCUGAACCCUUUCAACGGACAGAUUUCAACUGUGCAUGUGUUUUCACAGCAUUUUGGGUAAGUGCAGAAUUUCACCCGUCAAGGGCUAGACCAUCCACCUUGCACUACCCUCUGUCCUCUACCCCUUCUCACGUUUUAUGCUAUCCAUCGAACACUCCUCAUGGGCCUACUGAUCAAUUCAUGGAGUUGUGAUGGUUGUGUGCAUAGAUAUGAUGUGUCUGAAUGUUAGAGUGACUUGUGUCCCAAAGUACGUAUGUAGCAGCACUGUGGAUAGUUGGAGUAAUAAGACGUUAGCCUGGAAUAGCUUCGAGCUUCUCUCUCUCAAUCUUAAAAUAGAGCUCCCCUAUAGCCCCCAGGGUACAGGACUGUUCACCUUAACUUAGGAAAUAUUGACUUUGUACUUUUUUCUUUUUUUCUUCCCAGUGUUGUUCUUGUGACUUGUGUAUUGUUCUCAAAAUGAUGAAUACAACUAAUUACUUAACUGGAAUAUUUGCAUUUUAAAGCAGGACAUGAAUUAGCUUCUCCUGGACACACCAACGUUAUAAAACAGUUAAGUCUUAGUCUUAAUUUGCUGUAAAAAAUAAAAAGUACAUGUAUGAAUGUGUGCAUGUAUGGCUCUUCAGAUUCAGGCUGGUAAAAACGGUACACCAGAAGAUGUAAGCCCCGUUCAACAGCACCUGUAGCGUGGAGCGGAAACUGAACUAGGGAGCUAAUUUAAAACCAGGUUGUGUGUUGAAUUUAUCUUUGUCUUUUGGAAGGGUCACUGCUUGACAGAAAGAUGUAAUAAACAAUAGCUACAACUUGA